AGCAAUAUACUCAUGUCCUUUUACAAUUUUAUCCCCUUGCAAACAUUUCUCUUACCGGAAUUUCAGCCUUGGAUUGAAAGAAUUUGAAGCAGUUUGUAAACGUCAUACAUCUAGCAUCCAUUCUUCGAUUGUUAAUUCAGUGUUUAAAGAUCGCCUACCGGCUUUUCAACGCGAUCCUUGUGGAAGACGAUUUUCUUGCGCAUUUACCGGGAGGGUUCGCCAUUCAUCAGGAAAAUGGAAUUUGAGUUUAUUUAAAAAGUGCUAUAGAUUUUCAACAUAUUCACAUACAGAGAAAACACAAAUAGACCCACAUGCUUUAACAGAAACACAUUUAUCACAACUCUGUGAAGCAAUAAAAAAGGAACUUAAUUCCUCCAUCAAACCUCUCAGAGAUGUGAGUCAAUAUUACUUUGAUGGUCAAGGAAAAUACAUCAGACCAAUGAUGGUGCUUUUGACUGCAGAGGCAUGUAACUCGCACACUUCCAACAGCAGGAAAAUCCUUCCAUCACAAUCAACAGUUGUAAUGGUGUCAGAAAUGAUCCACACUGCCAGUUUGGUUCACGAUGAUGUUAUUGAUGGAGCUGAUACCAGACGAGGAAAAACAUCCAUCAAUAAAAUGUUUGGAGAGAGGAUGUCAGUUCUAGCAGCAGACUACAUCCUUGCAUGUGCUUCUCAAACUUUGGCCAAGCUCGGAAACAGUGAAGUUGUAGAAUUAUUAGCCAAGGUUGUAGAUGACCUUGUAAAAGGUGAAUUUAUGCAACUAGGGUCAAAAGAAAAUCCAGAUGAGAGGUUUAAUCAUUACUUAGAAAAGACUUACAAGAAGACUGCUAGUUUGAUAGCAUGUUGUUGCAAAGCAGUCGCUGUGUUUGGAAAUUGUGACCCAGAAGUACAAGAAAUUGCCUUUCAAUAUGGCAGAAAUAUUGGAAUGGCUUUUCAGGUAGUAGAUGAUAUUCUGGACUUUGUAGCCAGUGAGGGGGAGAUGGGAAAGCCAACAGCCACUGAUCUACGUCUUGGGCUUGCAACUGCGCCUGUCUUGUUUGCGUGUGAACAGUUUCCUGAUCUGAAUGCACUCAUCAUGCGUCGGUUUAAAGGCCCUAAUGAUGUGGACGAAGCUCGGGAAGCAGUUGAUAAGAGCGACGGUAUUGCACGCUCUUAUACUCUUGCCAGUCAGUAUGCUAAAGAGGCAGUCAAACAAAUCAACAAGCUGUCUUCUUCUCCUCAAAGAGAUGCAUUGGUCACACUCACUCAGCAGAUCAUACAAAGACGAAAAUAACCAGUUGGCGACUUCCUCUUUUUACCCCGAAAAUCUUACUCUUUUAUCUCAAUUAAAACUCUGUCUCUGAGUCUUAAACUAAUGGAGAAUUGAGCAAGUAAUUAUAAGUCGUCUUUCUACGUGACUUUUGCUUAGAAGAUUUCAAAUGAACCUCUAAGGAACACUAUAUGAAAAAGGAUUAGUCAUUGAUUCUGUUUUUAAAUUUUAAAUUAUAAAUAAAUGUAUAGUCACUUGGUUUGUGAGAAUUCUUA